GUGUUAGGAAGUCAAGAUGCUCCAUCUGAAAGGAUUGAUAGUGUGUGAUUUUUCUGCCACAGGAACAAGAAAAUUGUUGAUUAUUCUCAGUUUGGGGAUCUGGAGGAUGAUGAUGAAGACUUUGCAUGUAUAGCUGCACCUUCAAGCAAAAAAUCCAGAACGCAGCUCAAGGACCCAAAGAAGGAGAAAAAGGAAAAGCAAAAAAAGCUGCAGAAAGAGUUGACUCUGUCACAAAAGCAGACACCUAGUAAAAGGAUAUCCUUGGAUGACAAACUUUAUCAAAGAGAUUUGGAAGUUGCCUUAGCCUUAUCCAUCAAAGAAAAAUCUAAAAAUAUCCUCGAGGUGCAAAAUUCAGAAGAACAAGGUAAGAAUAUUGAAUCAGAAAAUGUACAUAGGAAACCCCCUUUUACCAACUGCAGUGUAGACGGUGAACUUUUAGGUCUCAAUCAGGUUACGGAUGAUGACGUAGCUAGGGAUGAUGGUGGACAAAGGACAACAGCAUCUAACGUUUCAGCACCUUCGAAGUUAGUGACAGUUGUUAGUGAUGGUGGAGAGCAAGCUACUGACUCUGAGUCAGAGUCUGUUCCCAGUGAGGAAUCAGGAGAACAUUCAGAUUAUAGUGAAGGUGAUGACGAAGACUUUGCUAUGGAAAAGAAGAAAGCCAAAGGAAAUAAAAAGAAAACCAAACAAAAGAUGCCAGCUGAAAGAGUGAAGAGAACUCCCAAAUCCAAGAUUAAUACUACAGUAUCACCUGUAGUUUCUCCUUCACGGGUAAUGGAACAGAAAUCUGAGCCAGCACAAAAGAUGCUGUCCAGUUCUUCAGAACCAGUUGGGAGGCCUCUGCAUACAUCAAGUCCUGUAACAGAGAAGAAGCCUAAAUGGAUACCACCAGCUGCAUCAGGAAGCACUAAUAACUCUGUGAAGUACGUUUCGAUUAAGUCACCUACGCAGUGUCUUAGACUUGGCCUCUCCAGACUAGCAAGAGUCAAACCACUGCAUCCCAGUGCUACCAGCAGUUAA